ACGGGGUCGGGUCGGUGCCGCCCGGGACGGGGUCCCCGGUCCCGCGGGGGUCCCGGCCCGGGGUGGGGUUUUGCCGGCGCUGUGCGGUGACGGCGGUGCCCGCAGGCGGCGGCGCAGGGCUCGAAGGCGGCGGCGCAGGAGCUGGUGAAGUUCGUGAACCGCAGUCCGUCGCCGUACCACGUGGUGGCCGAAUGCCGCAGCCGGCUGCUGCAGGCCGGCUUCCAGGAGCUGAAGGAGACGGAGCACUGGGACGUGCGGCCGGCGCAGAAGUACUUCAUCACCAGGAACUACUCCACCCUCAUCGCCUUCGCCGUCGGCGGCCAGUUCCAGCCUGGGAAUGGGUUCAGCUUGCUAGGGGCCCACACCGACAGCCCCUGCCUCAGGCACUUCAUGGUGCCAGCAGUGACACCUUUGCUGCUGCCCAGGUGAAGCGUCGCUCUAAGCGGGGACAAGUGGGCAUAGUGCAAGUUGGUGUGGAGACCUAUGGAGGGGGCAUCUGGAACACCUGGUUUGACCGUGACCUCACCGUGGCCGGGAGGGUGAUCAUAAAGGACCAAGCCACGGGGCGCCUGGAGCAGCGCCUGGUAUGUGUGGAGCGGCCCAUCCUCCGCAUUCCUCACCUGGCCAUCCAUCUGCAGCGCAGCAUCAAUGAGAACUUUGGGCCCAACACUGAGCACCACCUGGUUCCCAUUCUGGCCACUGCAGUGCAGGAGGAGCUGGAAAAGGAGGUGCUUAUGGAGUCCACACCUUGCAGUGCUGCGGCCCAGGCAGAGCGUCACAGCCCUGUUCUGCUUUCCCUGAUCUGCCCCCAGCUGGGGGUGAAACCAGAGCAGAUUGUGGAGCUGGAACUAUGCCUGGCAGAUACGCAGCCAGCGACGCUGGGUGGUGCCUUCGAUGAGUUCAUCUUCUCCCCACGUCUGGACAACCUGCACAGCUGCUACUGUGCCUUGCAGGCUUUGAUUGACUCAUGUGCAGCACCCUCGUCCCUCUCCCAGGAGCCCAAUGUGCGUCUCAUCGCGCUCUAUGACAAUGAGGAGGUAGGGUCAGAGAGUGCACAGGGCGCAGAGUCCUUGCUAACGGAGCUGGUGCUGCGCCGGAUCUCUGCAUCGCCACACAACCUGACAGCCUUCGAGGAGGCAGUGGCCAAGUCCUACAUGAUCAGUGCUGAUAUGGCCCACGCUGUGCACCCCAACUAUGUGGACAAGCAUGAGGAGAAUCAUCGUCCAGCCUUCCACAAGGGCCCUGUCAUCAAAGUGAACAGCAACCAGCGCUACGCCUCCACAGCUGUCACUGAAGCCGUAAUCCGGGACAUUGCUGCCCGCGUGGGUGUCCCACUGCAGGAGUUCAUGGUGCGCAACGACACACCCUGUGGCACCACCAUCGGCCCCAUUCUGGCCUCCCGCCUGGGGCUGCGUGUGCUGGACAUUGGCUGCCCGCAGCUGGCCAUGCAUUCCAUCCGGGAGAUGUGCUGCACCUCAGGGGUGCUUCAGAGCAUCACCCUCUUCAAGGGCUUCUUCGAGCUUCUGCCGACGGUCAGCAGCAGCUUGGUGGUCGACUGAACAUGGUGGGGAUAGAGUAGCAGUGUGUUUAGUCCUGGGGCCAUUAAAGCAUUUCUGUCUCACCA